UCGUUUCAUAUCGACCAUCCGUUCAAUCUCAUCUGACAUCCUGUAUUAGACCCACUGAACGAGAGAGAUGGUGGCUCAAUCCUCAUGAAUCCUGAAGUCAAACUAUAAAAGCCCUUCAAUACCUCCCCUCUAUAUGCCAGGUUCUCUCUUUCUCUUCCAACCCACUCUUUCCCUCUUUCUCUCCCUUUUUACCUUAGUCCUUCUUUCAGAACCUUUCCUUUUCUUUUCCCAGAUAGCUGGUCCUCUAUCUGUGCACUUUCCUUCCAUCCAUCAUGAAGUACACUGCUCUUUUCAGCGCUGCUGUCGCUGGUCUCGCCGGUUCUGCCGCUGCCGUCGGUGUCUCCGGAUCUGCUGAGGGUUUCGCCAAGGGCGUCACCGGAGGAGGUUCGGCUACGCCUGUGUACCCCUCCACCACUGACGAGCUGGUCUCCUACCUUGGUGACAGUGAGGCUCGUGUCAUUGUUCUCGAGAAGACCUUCGAUUUCACCGGCACCGAGGGUACCACCACCUCCACUGGUUGCGCUCCUUGGGGUACUGCUUCUGCUUGCCAGGUCGCCAUCAACCAGGACGACUGGUGUACCAACUACGAGCCCGAUGCUCCCUCCGUCUCUGUCACCUAUGACAACGCCGGUAUUCUCGGUAUCACUGUCGGCUCGAACAAGUCUAUCAUUGGUGUCGGUACCACCGGUGUGAUCAAGGGCAGGGGUCUCCGCCUUGUCAGCGGUGCUGAGAACGUCAUCAUUCAGAACAUUGCCAUUACCGACAUCAACGAGAAGUACGUCUGGGGUGGAGAUGCUAUCACCCUUGACGACGUCGACAUGGUCUGGAUUGACCACGUUACCACUGCUCGCAUUGGUCGCCAGCACAUCGUCCUCGGAACCUCUGCCGACAACCGCGUCUCUAUCACCAACAACUACAUCGAUGGUGUGACCGACUACUCCGCUACCUGCGACGGCUACACCUACUGGGGUAUCUACCUCGAUGGCUCCAGCGACAUGGUGACCCUCAAGGGCAACUAUAUCUACCACACCAGCGGUCGUUCCCCCAAGGUUGGAGGCAACACCCUCGUCCACGCUGUCAACAACUACUGGUACGACAACUCCGGCCACGCCUUCGAGGUCGGGUCCGGUGCCUACAUCCUUGCCGAGGGCAACGUCUUCCAGAACGUCGACACCAUCGUCGAGACCCCCAUCUCCGGCUCGAUGUUCUCCGUCCCCUCCACCUCCUCCGGCUCCUCCUGCACUGCCUCCCUGGGCCGUGCCUGUGUCAUCAACGGCUUCGGUAGCUCUGGCACCCUCGACGAGACUGACACUGAUUUCCUCACCAACUUCGCUGGCAAGAACAUUGCCACCGCUUCCGCUUACACCUCCGUCGCCUCCAGCGUCACUGCCAACGCUGGUCAGGGUAAGCUGUAAAGGAGAAGCUCAUUUGGUCUCUCUCCUUGUGAUACAGUUGAUAUUGAGUUUAG